UAUAUUCAAAGGAUGCAUUAGCCUAUUGUAUGCUAUUUAAUUAAAAUAAUACAAAUUCAAAAACAAAUCAAAAUGAGUUCUGGUGAUGAAAGUGAUGAAGAUGAACAAAGGUUUCGGGAUCUUUGCCUCGCGGUUAACAUGGACAAACCAACCAUGGAAAGUGCUUGGAGGUCCUAUGAGAAUGCUAAGGAGAAUUAUACAUUAGAGGGUGAUUGUUUACAUUGGUUGACCUGCACUUUAUAUUCAGCUUGUCGAACAAAUUUAUCAUCAGUUAAAACUAUAGCUGGCAAGACAGCACCAAGCAACUGCAUUUCUUUGACCAAACUUCUUCGAGAGGCAAAGCUAAGCUUCAUCAGCUUUCUUAAGAAAAUGGAUAAAUGGCUUCAAAUGAACCAAAACGACCCUCUAUCAAGUCACGUGUCAGCCCUCGAACGCAGCUUCCAUGUUUCAACUGUGGUGUUCAAGAAAUACCAAGUUGUGUUUAAAUAUGUUUUCCUUGACCCCGAUGAUUCGAAAUACCAACGACCAGUUCGUGGCAGCGCGAAAAAUCCUUCAAGACCAAGAAGGAACCGUCAAUACAGAAAACUGGUUUGCAAUCCUCACGAUGUUUUCAACUUCUGUUGGACUUUGUUUGUUCAUGCAAGAGCCACAGAAUUCCGAUCAAUAAGUGAUGAAAUCGUGUUGUCGUAUCAAUUAUUAUUAAGUGCCAUCAACCUCUGCUAUAACAAUGCACUUAACUGCAGCGUAGACCAUAGAGCACAACUCUUAAACCCUAAAUUUCCAGGGUUACCAGCUGAUUGGUCAACACGUACCGAACCACUCACGCAGAACCAAGACAUCAUCGCAUUACUGGUGGAACAACAACCUGGUACCGGGCAGUUGGAUGAAAAGUUUCUUAUUGAGACAAGGGUGGUGAAUGUACAUAACUGGGGGAAGCAUGUUAAUUCACUUCUUGAAUCAGAGGGCUUGGGUUUAAGUGGGGAACAAAACUCGUUAUUUUCACCGCAAAACUUUGAAACCAACAGCUCAGCUAUAAGCAAGUUAUAUGAGGAAUAUGUGAUAACGGAAGGUGAUUUUGAUGAGCGUGUCUUCCUCCAUGAUGAAGUUGACAGUGAACUAGGCACCCCAAUCAAAUGUCCACCUCCCGCACAAACUAACUUGAAACAAGAAGUUGCAGAACAUCUUGCUAAGACAAACAGCAUGGUACAGAAGACGCCAUUAACCAACAGAGAGUAUUUGCAUGGUAAAGGUCACAACUCAAGUUUAAAUGGAUCAUUAACACCUGUCUCAUCCACCUGCCAUGAUGUCAUGAAACUCAAAAAAUUACUUCAAAGCAAAACUGAUGGACCUUCUGAAAAACUUGCUGCAAUAUUUCGUGAAUGUACUGAGGACCCGAGUGAAGAAGUGAAGAAACGAACGGAUCGAUUGAGGGAAAUAAUUAAGAAGAAAUACAUGGAACGUGGGGGGAAGGGAGGGGGAAUACCCGCUGGAACACCAGCAAUAGCUGAGCAGAGAGCCACCAUGGCUACUGUGUUGUAUUACCAUAUAUUAGAAGGAUCCAUGAUACAGGAAAAGAAACGUUUGAAUGGAAAAUCUGAUCUUUCUGAAUUAUUAAAAAGAGAUGAUUUCCAUACUCUCUUGUUUGCGUGUUGUGUGGAAAUAGUUUUAUGUUCGUACAAAGCUGAACGAAUGUUUCCUUGGAUUUUAUCGGCGUUGGAUUUGUCUCCUUACUAUUUCUAUAAGGUUAUAGAGCUUGUUAUAAGAGCAGAGGAUGGUUUAUGGGGGCCGUGUAUUAAACAUCUCAACCACAUAGAGGAACAAAUAUUGGAAUCCUUGGCGUGGAAGUCAGAUUCUACGUUGUGGCAGGUUCUCGGGAAUGGGGAAUCCCCAGCUCCUUUAUGUGAAGAGGUGAAUCACUCCCAACAUAUUGAGCCUUCAUCUGCCGACAAAUCAACCGGGGUAAAUAAGGGGUUACUUGGACCCGGAACCCCCAAGUCCCCACCCACACACCCACGUGUUAAAGCAGUUUCUGAAGGUGAAAUUGGAAAUCUUAGAAAAUUCGAGCCUGGUACUGCAAGAGACAGAUUUAGUUCUCCCUCUCCCGGAUCGGCAAAGAGAAGAUUAUUCGUGAAGGAUCAUUUAUCUUCUACACCUGGGACACUGAAAGUGGUCAGCAUGGAUGUUCCCAACUCACCUGGUGCAAAGACUUACGUUGUUCAACAAACAAGUCCAGGUGGAAAACCAAUCACUGUGGUGUCUGUAGCCAAUCAUGCUGACAAUGUUAAACCUAGGAAAACUGGAUCUCUUGCUCUCUUCUUUAGAAAGGUUUACCACUUAGCAAGUGUACGUUUAAGACAUCUAUGUGAGCAGUUGGUUAUCCCACCUGACCUAAGAGCUAAAAUCUGGACAUGCUUUGAAUAUUCUGUGUCAAAGCACGCGUAUUCACUGAUGCGAGACAGACAUAUCGACCAGAUGCUUAUGUGUGCUGUGUAUGUCAUAGCUAAGAUCACCCAGCAUGAUCAUUCAUUUCAAGAAAUCAUGAGAUGCUACAGAAGCCAACCACAAGCUACAAGCAAUGUUUACAGGAACGUUCUCAUUCAUCGAUCUUCCAGUCCUCGUUUGAUCCCCGCCCAACCUCCGAGCAGGUCCAUGAGAUCAAACAGCACCAUUCCAAGAUCUGAUCCAUCUUCCCCUCUUCCCGGGAGCACGGGAGGUGGGGAUGGGGAGCGGGACGAUCUUAUCCAGUUCUAUAAUAAAGUCUACGUUCCAGUGAUGCGCGAGUAUGUGAAGAAGUUUAAUUCGGGCGAUGUUUCACAUCUUGAAGUCCCACUCUCACCCAUGCCACGCCCCCGGAUACUCCCCCAAUCACCAAGGAAAGUUACCGACAAUAUUUACAUCUCGCCACUUAAGAAUCCUUCAUUGUUGAUGGCAACAAACACUGAUCGUCACCUCGACUACAACUUCCAUCGUAGCCCCGCUAAACGACUCCGAGAUAUCAACUCCAUGAUGCAGCGCCAUGCUCCCACACUCAACGGUAAACGUACUUUGGAAUUCUCGAAAGAUGAAGAUGGGAGCGAACCAAAGCGUGCCAAUGUUUCAAGAAGAGUCCAACUAAUGCAAAGAGAAAGAUCUCUCCCCAACUAAACAUCAGAUUACUUUGUAUAACAACUUCUGCUUUCAGGUAAACAGUGACUUUUUAUGUUGAAAGUAUGUCUGAGUUUUAUUAAAAUGUGUUUUAAUCAUGUAUUAGUUACCCCCACAAUCAUGAAGUAAUGAAAUAUCGGUAGUAACUUUGUGUGAAUGAGUUUCUGUUUUAGACUUCGCCACCAUUUGUAUAUUGGAUAACUUGUUUUAUUAUUUUACUGGGGGCACAUUUUAAUAAACUGCUCUUACCGCAAAA